AUGAAGGACAAGGGCCUCUUCAAAAAUCACUUUCCGAACAUCCCGCCGGCGGGGAAGUCGAUCAACGUCCCCUUAGCUGUGCCCUGGCAGAAGUUGGUGAACGAGCGGAAGUACAGAAGGACAGCGACUUUUUGUCUGCCGUUUUGGGUGCACCAUGGCUUGAAAGACCAGAAGCUUCCUUCAGAGGACUUCCGCUACGGCAUCCGGGGACAGAAGGGAGCCAGUACUGAGGAUACGAUGAAGGCCACCUUGAGGGCGCGGGAGUUUGCGCUUGAGAGUUUUGGGUGUAUUCUCUAA